AAGAGAGAGAAAACAUACACCUGUGACGAGUGUGGGAAGGAUUUUAUUGGGAAGGCUGAACUAAAACGUCAUCAGGUCAUCCACACUGGAGAGAGACCGUUCAGCUGUGACUUGUGUGGAAAGACUUUUUCCAGGAAGAGUCACCUAAAACAACACCAACUCAUCCACAGUGGAGUUAAAGCAUACAGCUGUGAUCAGUGUGGCAGAGCUUUUACUCGCAGUAGCUACUUACAGAGUCAUCUAGUUACCCACUCUGGAAUUAAGGCAUACAGCUGUGACGAGUGUGGGAAGGGUUUUACUGUGAAAUCUUCACUAAAACAUCAUCAGGUCAUCCACACUGGAGAGAGACCGUUCAGCUGUGACUUGUGUGGAAAGACUUUUUCCAGGAAGAGUCACCUAAAACAACACCAACUCAUCCACAGUGGAGUUAAAGCGUACAGCUGUGAUCAGUGUGGCAGAGGUUUUACUAACAGUAGCGGCUUACGGAGUCAUCUAGUGACCCACUCUGGAAUUAAGGCGUACAUCUGUGAUCAGUGUGGCAGAGCUUUUACUCACAGUAGCGGCUUACGGAGUCAUCUAGUUACCCACUCUGAAUUUAAUGCAUACAGCUGUGACAUUUGUGGAAAAACUUUCAGUCGGUUUGGGAACAGAAAUAUACACCUACGCAUUCACACCGGGCAUAAUGUGUACUGCUGUGAUCAGUGUGGCAAACAGUUUACAACAGACGCACAGUUACAAUACCACAUGUUUACCCACACUGAGGAGAGACCUUAUAAAUGUGACUUGUGUGAGAAGACUUUUAAAGCUCCAGGUAUCCUGAGAAGACACCAACAGAUCCACACCAGAAAGAGACUCUACAAGCGCAGUUACUGUGAGGACCAACAUGGAGCGAGAAGUCAGCGCUCUCAGGAGGCUGACAAACCUCACAGAAGAAAGGGAGAGAAAACAUACACCUGUGACGAGUGUGGGAAGGAUUUUACUGAGAAGUAUAAUCUAAAACAUCAUCAGGUCAUCCACACUGGAGAGAGACCGUUCAGCUGUGACUUGUGUGGAAAGACUUUUUCCUGGAAGGUUUCUCUGAAACAGCACCAACUCAUCCACAGUGGAGUUAAAGCGUACAGCUGUGAUCAGUGUGGCAGAGCUUUUACUCAAAGUGGCAGCUUACAGAAGCAUCUAGUUUCCCACUCUGGAAUUAAGGCAUACAGCUGUGACAUCUGUGGAAAAACUUUCAGCCGGAUAGGGCACCGAAAUACACACCUACGCAUUCACACCAGACAUGAUGUGUACUGCUGUGAUCAGUGUGGCAAAUACUUUGCUACAGACGCACAGUUACAAGACCACAUGUUUACCCACACUGAGGAGAGACCUUAUAAAUGUGACCAGUGUGAGAAGACUUUUAAAUCUCCACGUAUCCUGAGACAACACCAACAGAUCCACACCAGAAAGAGACUCUACAAGUGCAGUUACUGUGAGGAGCAGAGCGACACAGAUGGAUCCAGUUCUCAACCCUGUCAUCACUGUGGUGGUGGGAAAGAGUUUCAGUUGGCAAGCUGACCUAAAAAGACAUCAACAUAAAGACACUGGAGAUAAACUCACCUAGUGCAAAAAUAGUGGGUGAAGCUUCUCGAGUACAUUAAAACGCCAUGAAGUCAUUCACAGUGGGGUUAAAAAGCACCUCUGUGACCAAUGUGGGUCAUCGUUCACUACUACUGGUCAAUUUUAACAAACAAACAAACAAACAUGUGCACAGUUGAGAAACCAUACAAGUGCAGACACUGUGACAAAAGCUUCUCACUCCCAGGUAGUCAUAACUUUCAUGAACGUACGCACAUGAAAGGAAACUACAGCUGUGACCAGUGUGACAAGAGCUUCAGGAAUCUCAGUUCAUACUCUGGUUCUCUUGGCUCUUGACAGAGGCGGUCGCACUUUCUCCUUCACCCUCUCCUUCUCGCUUAUCUUUCCUGUUUGGCUCAUCAUGUCCUUUGUAUAGUCUCGCUUAUUCUCUAACCCUAAGAGAGUCUCCUAGACUUGUUCUCUAAAAACGGAAAGAACAAUUAUGGAUUUGAUCAACUGGUCCCUUAAUGGAAUUGACACCCUCCUGGGCUUGGGAGAGCUCGACUGUCCUGCGGAGAUAUUUGCUGCCAGUCGGUUGCGUCGUGAGUCUGGUGACACUCUCGAUGGAGAACAUUGAAUGACAUCUACCAAUUCGGAACCACAAUAACAGAGUUCUGGCUGAUUGGAGCUGGCCCGGACCUGGCUUAUGGAAGAACAAGAAGUGGCAACAGCUGUUCAAAAUCCCACAAGGCUGGCCGACAUGAUAGACCAUGGGCACGGCUGUGAGUACUCGGACUGUUGGAUUGGAUGCAGGUCAUCUGUUUUUUUGGGGGUUUUUUUUUGGUUGUUUUGGUUCUGCUAUAUGGAUAACAUCUUGAAGAAGAUAAACUGGAAUAUAGAGACCUGGUGACCAGUGACGGACUUUAGACCAACUGUAAAGUUGGAUGCAGUUUGUUCGCAGUAACCAAAAUAACUACCAUCUUCAUCUCAUGCGGCACCCCUGGCACCAGCUACAUGCUCAAGGCAAAGGAAUAAUAAUUCUUCAUUAGAUAAUAAGACUGUUUGUUAUGACUCUCUCCCUCGUCAUUCAAGGUCACAUGCGUCAAACGAAGAUUGUUGACUUUUGCUUAACCGGGUGAAGGGACACGUUCUCUUGGUUGAACACUGAACAGACACUCACGCAAACACAUACGCAUGUACUCAAAAUGAUCUUCCUGUUGGAGCUCAGUCUGGGGGAGUUCUUUUUUUCUCCUCAUCUUUCCUCAUGUUGUGUAUAACACUAAUGUGUUUCUAAUACUCUAAGACCAAAAGGUACUUCACCCAAAUUUGAUGCAAAAGAGCUCACUGCUUUGGACCAGUGGGUUCGGCUAUGUACAGGAGAGGCAAACUGAAUGAGACUCAGGCAACUGUGAGUUUUGAAAAUGCCGGCUUUGUAUUUUUUGUCAUCCAGAAACAAAAGAAAGAAAAUUACAAACAUACAAAAUAUUAUAAAUAAAAGCCUCUGUUUUUGGUACCAGUAUUUUCCUCAGUGACAACCCUGUGGCACAAUCACAGUAAUCACAAAAAAGAAACCUUACCUGGGUGCACCCUUCUAAAUGUACGAAGUUCACUUCCAAAAUGAACCACAAUAUCACUUAGCAAAAUCCAAAUAACAACACUUGGUUAUAUCUUCAUAGACUUUGUGAACCAAUUGCAACAAUUAUUCAGCUGGAGAAAUAGAUCCAACCGCCCACACCCACUUCCCUUCCUGUUCGUGGGAUGUAUAGAGUCCGUAAAAAGUCCUUAAAAUAAACCGUCCGUAAGUCCAGGGGGAUGUGUGUGAAGAAGGGGAACAGUAAGUUCAAAGUGGCGCGGUGUGUUUUUGUUUUGUUGCAACUGGCCUACCACACUCUGCUGUGCAGCACAGAACAAAGUCAAUUGGUCCUUCAACGGGGUUGGCUCGCCAUCGAUUACAGGAUCCGUUGCAAUGCAUCAAAAGGAAGAUACAAAGGGAAACAAAAAAACCUGACCUGUCAACGACAGUGUCAUAGGACAUAUUAAGUUCUCAUAUAAUCACAGUUCAGUAUCAAAUAAAAUAUAUUAUUUGCAACGUUAGCCAUGUUACAAAUUGAAAAUAAACAGUAAAACACACACUCAGCAUUUGCUUCAAAUGCUGUUUUUUCAGUAAAUUGAAUAAAGUUUUCCACAAAAUAUUUUUAAACAAUUAUCAAAUAAACACUGGAACAUUCUGCUUACAAAGAACUAAUGAAAAGUGCAGAUAAACAAUGAACUAUUAAAAUACUUUGCUCACCGAUCU